CUCAAUGUACUAAAUUUUCAACCAUCAAACGUGUCCUACCUAUGAAACCCCGUGUUCAAGCCUCUACAAAACAGUGUCACCCUUGUUUUCUUUUGGUUUUGGUUUUUUUUUUCCUUCUCUCACUUUCUCUCUCUCUACAAUGGUGUCUAGUACAAAUACAGUUGCACCCUUUUCUUGAAAGAUUAUAAAACAGAGUUUUUUGGAACCUAGUAUUAUCAUUACUUGUGGUGGUUGUGUGCUGAUCUUCCUUUCCCAUGUGCUGACUUGGUUUACUUCGCCUUGCUUUGUUUUUUCUUUCUAUUACCUUUUUCUUCUCUCCAUUCGGGUCUGUUGGCUCUUCUCUUUGCUUUGGUUUUGGGGUUGAGAAGCUCAGGUUUUGAGGAUUGAAGGAGUAUUCAGCUACAAGUUCAUUUCGUUGAGGUGUUCUUGGCUCUUACCGGAUCCAGGUUUAUGCGGGCUCACAUAGGUUGACUCUUCAAGCAAAACUGCUACUUUCAGUUUUUAGUCGAAGGAAGAUGGUUGUGAGAGAAGGGUCCAACAAUUGAUCCGGAAGAGUAGAGGUAGAAGAUGGAAAAUAAAGGCUUAUGGAUUCAGAAAGAGGGCCAUUCAGAAAAAGAUUCAUUGCAUGGCUUCUUGAAUGAUAGGGAAACAUCAGAGGAAGACUCUUCAAAAUCACAGUUAAAGAAGUUGAUUAAAAGAUCAAACUCUCACCAGGCAAUAGUUGUAAAUGCCAUCCAAUCACAAAUUAGCAAAGUUUUCUUCAAGGAUUCAUUCUUUCGACGUGUCCAUGGACUAGACAAUAGGAUUCCAAAGCAUGUGGUGAGUGUGGACGAGAAAUAUAUCCGUCGCUGCCUGGAAUUUGUACAUAACACUACAUUAAAAGCAUCUCAAUGCAACAUAGCUGAGAGCUUAAGAGCCACAAACAUGGGGACUUUAUCAGAAAGCUUGAAUACAGCUAAACUUUUUGGUGGAAAUGCAUUUGGUUCAGAACAUUUUGUCUUUGACUGUCCUGUGGCCACUGAGACUGGGAGAGUAGUUAUAAGUGCUAAUGCUGGGGACCAGUGGACUUUAGGCACAAUAAUGGGUAGCAAGAGUAUGAUAAACAUAUUGAAUAGUACUCUUCUUCAGCAGUUUGAUUCUUCGCAAAGAAGUGACAAUUUGAACAGGAUGAACUUUUCUGAUCCUGAAGGAUUGAUAUGCUAUGAUUUUGUGGACUCUCCUAGUGAUUUAUGUAUCUCUUCGUCGUAUAAACUAGGAAAAGGGAAACAGCUAGUGGGAAAUCACAAGUACGGCUCCAUUUCUGUUCAUAGAAGGCUUGUUUCCACUUCUAGCACCACCUCUACUUGUUCUGAUUGGUUGUCUUCGGCUUCUUCUACUACUUUAUCUCAGGGAAUGAUCCAAUGUACAUGGAGACAAGGGAUUCCUCAUUUUGUUUUUUCUGCAGAUGAUCAGAAGGAGGUCUAUGUAGCAAAAUUGAGGAAGGUGGACUCAACAGAUAACAAGGCUUUGGACUAUGUGUACGAGUUUUACUUGAACAAGGGUGGCCAAAAGGGUCGCGAGAUUCCUGAUAGUGAUUUGCCGUUUGUUGGGAAGAUGAAUGUAUUGACGAGUUUCACCCUUUGCCCAAACAAUUGUAGAAUAAUGGAGACAGAGUUUACAUUGUUCCAUAACAUUGAAAUUUAUGACCAAGGAAUGUCCAAAUCAGAGCAUUCUCACAGGAAGAACAAGGGACUGUCAAAGAAGGUGUCACAAGUUUUUAGAACUAGCCCUUCAUCAAAACGGAGAACACAUUCAAAGUUUGGUGGGUCAAGUUCCAUAGCGGAGAGUUGUCCGUGGGAGCCACAUGCUAUCGGUGGAACCAAUUUAUUAGAGACUGAUGUUCCUCCAAAUUUUGAGAUGGCUGCCAUUGUGGUGAAAAAACAUCUUCCAUGCAAAAGACCAGAGAAAGUAGGAGGUUGGGGUUUAAAAUUUCUCAACAAAUCUGGUGGAAAUCAAAUCACAUUGCCAUCUGAAAGUUGUAAGCAAAAUAAUGGGGACUGCUCAACUAGCAUGAGCAUUCUAAUUCCUGCAGGCUUUCAUGGUGGUCCAAGAACCAGAAAUAGUGGGCCGUCCAGUCUGAUAGAUAGAUGGAGAUCUAAUGGCCAAUGUGACUGUGGUGGUUGGGAUGAGGGGUGCCCUUUGACAGUUCUUGAGAGAAGAUCCAACAAAGCAGAGGUUAUGUCUCAAACAGAUACACGAGGCGAGUGCAAAUCAGUUGACUUAGUCACUCAGGGUUCAAGAGAUUUUGGUACCUCCUUUAGGAUGGUAAAUGUUCACGAUGGUCUACAUUAUAUUCAUUUUCAUCCACCUCUGUCUGCACUACAGUCUUUCUCCAUUGCUGUGGCAAUAAUUCAUGCUCAAAGUCCUACUCUUCAGCCCAAUGGUGCACAGGAGCUGUCAUGACUGAAGUGAAAUCUGAGGUUAUUUAGCAGUCAUAAUUCUCUUACUGUAUUAUAAAAGCAAAUGAGAAGAUUUAGGAUUUUAUACACGAAUCGAGUUUUCAUAAUGUUUAGGGUUGUUAUUUUAAUACAGUCAGAUGUAACCUUAUUUAGGAGAAUUAGUUGUUUGUUCUUCCUCACAAUUCAUAGUUUGUAACCAUCUUUUCCUCAUUCUUUUUGUUGAAGGGGAUAGAAUGUAAAAGGGUUGUUGAACAAAAUUUGGUAAAUUGUAGCAUUGAGAUUGGGUUUGUUAUAGUUGUUAAUGAGAAGGAAAUGAGAUUAGCACAAAAUUUGAAAAUUGCUGUUCAACAAUGAAUCAUUACAUUUGACAGUUUGGUAUGAAGCAUAUCAGAGAUUUUGCUUCUUUGAAUAUCUCUUGGUGAAUGAAAUAUGGUAGUUCCCACCUUUAUGA